AUGUCAGACACGGCCGGGGACCCCAGCUCCGAGAUCACCGCCAAGGACUUAAAGGAGAAGAAGGAAGCUGUGGAGGAGGCAGACAAUGGAAGAGACGCACCUGCUAAUGGGAAUGCUAAUGAGGAAAAUGGGGAGCAGGAGGCUGACAACGAGGUAGAUGAAGAAGAGGAGGAAGGUGGGGAGGAAGAGGAGGAGGAGGAGGAAGGCGAUGGUGAGGAAGAGGAUGGAGAUGAAGAUGAGGAGGCUGAGGCAGCUAUGGGCAAACGGGCAGCUGAAGAUGACGAGGACGACGAUGUUGACACCAAGAAGCAGAAGACCGACGAGGAUGACUAGACAGCAAAAAAGGAAAAGUUAAACUUAAAAAAAGUAGGCCUCCGUGACCUAUUCACCCGCCACUUCCAGUCUCAGAAUCUAAACGUGGUCACCUUCGAGUAGAGAGUCCGCCCGCCUGCCCACUGCA